AUGGCGUCUACGGAGGGUAAAACUAUUACCUGUAAGGCAGCGGUGGCAUGGGAGGCAGGAAAACCAUUGAGCAUCGAGACCAUCGAAGUAGCCCCACCAAGAGCCCACGAAGUGCGAGUCCAAAUUAUUUAUACGGGUGUAUGCCACACUGAUGCGUACACGCUCUCUGGAAAAGAUCCCGAGGGAGCUUUCCCAAUUGUCUUGGGCCAUGAGGGUGCUGGAAUUGUCGAAUCUAUCGGAGAGGGUGUAACAUCUGUAAAGGUGGGCGACUAUGUCGUGGCUCUCUAUACUCCAGAAUGCAAAGAAUGCAAGUUCUGCAAAUCUGGAAAGACGAAUCUCUGCGGCAAGAUCAGAGCAACACAAGGCCGCGGCGUCAUGCCUGACGGAACCUCUCGAUUCAAGUGCAAGGGCAAGGACCUUCUUCAUUUCAUGGGCACAUCGACAUUCUCUCAGUACACCGUCCUCGCCGAUAUCUCCGUCGUCGCUAUCACCAAGGACGCCCCCAUGGACCGAACAUGCUUGCUAGGUUGCGGCAUCACCACCGGCUAUGGCGCGGCAGUUGAAACUGCCAAAGUCGAGGAAGGCUCCACAGUGGCUGUCUUCGGCGCUGGCUGUGUCGGUCUAUCUGUCGUGCAAGGAGCUGUAGCGAAGAAGGCGGGCAAGAUUAUUGUUGUGGAUUUGAACCCAUCUAAGAAGGCCUGGGGAGAGAAGUUCGGCGCUACCGAUUUCGUGAACCCCGCGGACUUGAAGGGCCAGACUAUUCAGGAGAAAUUGAUUGAGAUGACUGAUGGCGGAUGUGAUUAUACUUUUGAUUGUACGGGCAAUGUUGGCGUUAUGAGGGCUGCGUUAGAGGCUUGUCAUAAGGGGUGGGGUCAAAGUAUUGUUAUUGGUGUUGCUGCUGCUGGACAGGAGAUCUCGACGAGACCAUUCCAACUUGUAACUGGUCGUGUCUGGAAGGGAUGUGCGUUUGGCGGCAUCAAAGGUCGUUCCCAACUUCCUGACUUGGUUGAUGAUUAUAUGACGGGUAAGCUGAAGGUUGAUGAGUUCAUCACUCAUCGAAAGAACCUCGGCGAGAUGAACGAUGCUUUCGAUGCCAUGAAGCAAGGCGAUUGCAUUCGCUGUGUGGUUGAUAUGACCAAGGUAUGA